AUGAUUGGCUGGGCAGGCCCUCUCGCAGCGCGGGCGUGGAAGGCUUUAGAAUAAAAGUACAGUUGUGCUUUUAGUGACUGUCAGCAUCAAACCGCUUUGAACCCAGACACACAGCAGCUUCGUGGCGCUUUUCUUUCACGUCCCGCUAUGUCCUCAGACAGUACCAUGGACUUGGACUUGGAGCUUGGUGAGUUGCUCCAGGAGUUCCAGGAUGUGGUGGAGGAGCUGAAGGCCCCUUCUCAAAGCAGACCGCAUGCUUACCAGAAAGCACUGCACGAGGCCAAAACUCUCACAGGGCUGAGUGAAGACAGUGGAGUCGAGGACUCAGAUUACAGCAGUGAACCAUCUAUGGGGAACAGUUUGAAUGCCAGUGAGGAGGAGCUCCACACAGCAGGAAUAACGCUGGCAUCAAAAGCCAAGCUGGGAGACACAAGCGAUCUUGAGAGUUUUAUCGACAUGUUGGACCGGGAACUUGCUGAGAUGUGAACGGAGAGCAAAAGUGAGCCACGUACAAUAAUGGAGGGGGGGAUAGGGAAUAGGCUGGGGGCGACACGACUGGCUACUGCUGAGCAGAAAGAGAGAUAUACACCAGAGCAGAUCUGAUGGAGCAAAUGGUCCCCUCGCCGCUCCGGGGGAAAAGGUUAACAUCCGAAAUUAAAAGGGCAGUCCAUUCCGAAAAUGCAAGAACUCCCACAGACCCCCGGCGAUGCUGCGUCCAGCCAGCAAAGACAACGUCCCCCUGCAGCAUCAGAUCCAGGAUGUGUGACAUAUUCCUGAAAUGAGACAAAGCUUCCAUCUGUUUGGGCAUAUGACAAAAAAGAAAGAAAAAACACAACAAAAACACUGCCUAGAGUAUAGAAAGCAUGUUUAUCCCACAUAAAAAAAAAAAAAAUCCCAUAAGUGCAAUGCCCAGAAAGGGCUCUAAAUCCUCACGGCUGUGUAGUUUUGAAGAAAGCUGAGCUUUGUCUGGAUCAAAAUCUUAGAUGGCACAAAAGUUUUAGGCUAAUUUCAAACUAAUUUUAAGUAGAAGGGCAUUUCUGGUGUACAGGUCUUUAUGAUAUUUGUUUUUUUUUUAAUAAUAUAUAAUGUAUAUACAGAUGAAUGCAUGUAAAAUAAAAAGAGAUUUGUAAUGAA